AGCGCGAGGACACGAGGAGACCCGGAACCGAUCAGCAGAAGACCAAAGAUGGAGAUGUACCAGGCUGGUUAUUACACUGAGGACUUCAGGACUCAGGAGGUUCCUGCCGGAUUCGACUUCAGCUCAUAUGAUUACAAUGGUGAAGACCUGUCCUUUCUGUUAGACAGCAAAGGAGCGACCCAAACGCAGUACCAGGAUACGUACGGAGAGCCGGUGAAGGACCACAUGAGCACAGCCAAAGUUCAUUCUAUGGAUUCUGGAUUAUUUAAUCUGGAUACGUUCCCCGAGGUUAACAGUUGGACAUCAUACACUAGUGUUCCUGAUGGUAUUCUGAUGGACCGACAGCAGGGUGGAUUUCAGGAUUCUGCUUCUCAGACGUAUCAGAGUCUGUUUCCUGCACCAGUCCAGAGCAGCUCAUUCAGUCCUGCUGUAGAUGCCAGUGGACUUUAUCAACCCGCUAAAGAGCUGAAUCACAGAGGAACGUCUGGGUUCGAGCACUCAGGUGAUUCGGAGAGGACGUACGGUCUGUACGAUACAGAAACACAGAGUAAACCUUUACCGUACUGGAUGGAUUACUCUUCGUCCACUUACUGCAGUCCACUGCUCGGCCAUUCACCAUCCUCCUCCUCAUCAGCUCCUCGUACCUCAGAAACCUUCUCUCCUCGGGUGGUGAAAAGACGCCCGGCAUCAUCUCAGAGAUCAGAGAGAGAGGGCGAGGUCUCGCCGGGGAUGUCGGCCUAUCCAGGAUCAGGGCCGAUCCAGCUGUGGCAGUUUCUGCUGGAGCUUCUUUUGGACUCAGCGUGCCACACUUUCAUCAGCUGGACUGGAGACGGCUGGGAAUUCAAGAUGUCUGACCCUGCAGAGGUGGCUAAACGAUGGGGUCAGUGCAAGAACAAACCCAAGAUGAACUACGAGAAGCUGAGCCGAGGCCUGCGCUACUACUACCACAAGAACAUCAUCCACAAAACCGCCGGCAAGCGCUACGUCUACCGGUUCGUCUGUGAUGUGCAGGGCAUGCUGGGGAAGAGUGCACAAGAAGUCCUGGCCAGUAUGAACAUCUCACCUCUGAGCUCCACGUCGCCAAGAUCAGCGAAGUCAGAGGACACGGCCGACAUGUGGCAGCAUUAACGACCCCCCAAAGAAAAGACUGUGAGAGGACACUGUGCUCCAGUCCUCUACUAACACCCCCAUCGACCUCCCAAUGCAUCCCAGAAUGACUGUGAUGAACUGAACUGUGUUUCACAGGAGCACUUGCUACACGAGGAAGAGUUUAGUGUGAAGAUCAGGAAGCAGAUCUUUCAACUUAGACACACUUAAGAUAUAAAAAUAUCAGACAUUUUCUAACACGUUUACUCUCUUACAUCCAACUCUGUACAUUCAGCUCGCUAGCUAGUUACAGUGCUGACUAGCCGUACUUCUGACUAGCUAGCAUGCUAAUUAGCCAAACACGGUCAAUCCGAAGAUAUUACUUAUCGUUAAUAUAAAGUCCUGUUCCAGUUUACUGUUCACAUUUAUUAAUUAAUACAUUUUGUAAAAAAUCUGCUGUCAGUGUUUAUUAAAA